CGCGGCGCAGGGCGAAACUUGGGGUCCGGGGAGGCUCCUCCGCACGCCAUGUGCCCGUGUCCCCGGCAUCGCGGCCACGGGCCUCCGGCCGUGUGCGGUUGCGGCGACACUCGCCCCGGGCUGCGCUGGGCGGCGGCACAGGUGACCGCGCUGAGGCUGCAGGCGCUGGGCGACGAGCUGCACCGACGCGCCAUGCGGCGCCGCGCGCGGCCCCGGGACCCGCUGCCUGCGCUGCUGCCCGCACUCCGCGCCCGCUGGCCCUGGCUGUGCGCGGCCGCGCAGGUGGCGGCGCUGGCGGCCUGGCUGCUCGGCAGGCGGAGCGCGUAGGCUGCGCGCGCGGGGCCUUCUUGGUGAGGGGACCGGAGCCGAGACCCAGCCCGGACCGAGCAACAGGUUGGCGAAACCCUGUGUCCUUGGAGGAAGCUGGUUCCUGUUUUCCUGAGGGGGGAGCCCGGAGCUUGGAAGGAAGCAGAGUGGAAAGACCCAUCCAGAGUUGAUGGUGGAAACGUGGACUGAGGAAGCCCCCCCGGGAAGUCCAGUUGCAGAGAUAGCCACCCCAAUGCUAUUUACAUAUAGCUAUAUAUAUACAUAUACACAAAAAAAAGAGAAAAUACAAAAUUCCGUAUGUGCAUGCCUGCGGGGGACAUGGUCCCUCCCCUUUCUGCACCUUGCAAUGUGAACUUUGAGACUUUGUAAUGUCUGGGGGAGCAGGGGAGAGAGAUGCUUGCCACUGUGUGUGUGCUGGAAACUUACACGGACUGGUGGGAUCAGCCUCGGCAUGGACCAACUGCCCAGCACAGAUGCUGGCAUGGAGUAGUGGGAGCUGUGCCAAAGGCGAGACGGACAGAGGGGAUGUGGGACCCGUUUUGUUGGGGGCAGCCUGGGGUCCCUCCAUUUCUUGACACACCCUAGCCUCUCUCUGUCCCUGUCUAGACAGUUAUCUAGAUCUCGAGGUUGCAGCCAGAGAAACGGAUGUCAUUUUCUUUUCCUA